CGCGGAGGAGCAAGGGGGCGCUAGGGUAGGGAACUGGGUUGUGACGGUCCGGCGAGAGAGAGAGCUGGGGUGCCGGGAAGUUGGGGAGCACAGCCCGCUAGGUGUCCGAGUAGGGUAAGGCCGCACUGACCGGGUCCGUUAGGAAAGAAGGGACCGAGGAGGAAGGUAAUUGUCGGGCGGUUCCCCGGACGGAGGACUCCGGUUGUGUGGAAGGCGCUGCUCCCGGGAUGGCGACCGCAGAUCCUCCGGCCGCAGCGUCCAGUGGCCUGUCGCCCAAGGAAGAAGGGGAGCUAGAAGAUGGGGAGAUCAGCGACGACGAUAACAGCCAGGUACGGAGCCGGAGCAGCAGCAGUAGCAGUGGCUGCGGGCUGUUGCCGUAUCCGCGGCGGAGGCCUCCUCACCCGGCCCGGGGCGGUGGAUCCGGCGGAGGCGGUGGCUCCUCGUCGUCAUCGUCCUCUUCGCAGCAGCAGCAGCAGCUGAGGAAUUUCUCACGCUCGCGGCACCCGUCGGAGCGGGGCCACCUCCGGGGACACAGCAGCUACCGACCCAAAGAGCCGUUCCGCUCUCACCAGCCUUCCGUGCGGAUGCCUUCGAGCUCGCUGUCCGAGAGCAGCCCUCGGCCGUCCUUCUGGGAACGGAGCCACAUCGCUUUGGACCGUUUCCGCUUUCGAGGCCGGCCUUAUCGGGGUGGGAGUCGCUGGAGUCGGGGUCGUGGCGGGGGUGACCGAGGAGGCAAGCCGGGGGGCAGACCCCCGCUGGGUGGAGGACCGGGGUCCGGAUUCAACGGCAGCCAGAGCUGGCGGGAGCCCUCUCCACCUCGCAAGAGUUCCAAAAGUUUUGGAAGAUCUCCAUCAAGAAAAAAUUAUUCAUCAAAAAGUGAAAACUGUGGGGAAGAAACUUUUGAAGAUUUACUUUUGAAGUACAAACAAAUACAAUUGGAACUAGAAUGCAUCAAUAAGGAUGAAAAACUAGCUUUGAGUAGCAAAGAAGAGAAUGUGCAGGAAGAUCCAAAAACAUUGAACUCUGAGGACCAAACAAGCACUGAAAAUGUCAGUAUUAUAAAGGACUCAAGUAAAGAAUUAGCUCCUGAGGAGAAAACACAGGUCAAAACUUUCCAGGCAUUUGAAUUAAAACCACUCAGGCAAAAAUUGACUUUACCAGGAGAUAAGAACCGGUUGAAAAAAGUUAAAGAUGGAACAAAACAACUUUCCCUGAAAUCUGACGCUACUGAAUCCAGUCAAGGAUUAGAAGAUAAGGAACAAAAUUUAACAAGACGGCUUAGUGCCUCAGAUAUUCUAUCUGAAAAGAAACUUGGUGAAGAUGAAGAGGAACUAUCUGAACUACAACUUCGUCUUUUGGCUCUUCAGUCAGCCAGUAAAAAAUGGCAACAAAAAGAACAGCAGGUGAUGAAAGAAAGCAAAGAAAAAUUGACUAAGAUGAAAGCCGUACAGCAAAAAGUUAAAACCAGUACAAAAACACAUUCGGCCAAAAAAGUUAGCACUACAGCUAAACAAGCAUUGAGGAAGCAGCAAACAAAGGCAUGGAAGAAACUACAACAACAAAAAGAACAGGAAAGACUGAAAGAAGAGGAACUGCGGAAACAAGCUGAAGAAGAAGAGAGAAGGAAAAGAGAGGAAGAAAUCAGAAAAAUUCGAGAUCUCUCAAAUCAGGAAGAGCAGUACAAUCGAUUCAUGAAAUUGGUUGGUGGAAAGAGGCGGUCAAGAAGUAAAUCUUCAGAUCCCGACCUGAGACGAUCCUUAGAUAAGCAACCAACUGAUAGUGGAGGAGGCAUUUAUCAAUAUGAUAACUAUGAAGAAGUUGCUAUGGAUACAGAUAGUGAAACCAGUUCUCCAGCUCCUUCACCGGUGCAACAACCAUUCUUUGCUGAAUGUACAGUGGGAUAUUUUUCUUCAGCACCAUCUAUUUCUUUGCCUCCACCACCUCAGGUUACUUCUUUGCCACUUUUGAGCCAGCCUUAUGUGGAAGGAUUGUGUGUUUCUCUUGAACCUCUACCUCCUGUACCACCUUUACCACCUCUUCCACCUGAAGAUCCAGAACAGCCUCCAAAACCACCUUUUGCAGAUGAGGAAGAGGAGGAAGAAAUGCUGCUUCGAGAAGAACUACUUAAAUCUCUAGCAAAUAAAAGAGCUUUUAAGCCAGAGGAAACAUCCAGUAAUAGUGACCCACCUUCACCUCCAGCUCUGAACAAUUCACAGCCUGUGCCAAGAAGCAAUCUGUCAAUAGUCAGUAUUAAUACAGUAUCUCAGCCUAGGAUACAGAACCCAAAGUUUCACAGAGGACCUCGUCUUCCACGAACUGUGAUCUCGCUUCCAAAGCAUAAAUCAGUGGUUGUAACACUGAAUGAUUCAGAUGACAGUGAAUCUGAUGGAGAGGCUUCCAAAUCAACAAAUAGUGUUUUUGGUGGAUUGGAGUCCAUGAUCAAAGAAGCAAGACGAACUGCUGAGCAAGCUUCAAAACCGAAGGUACCUCCAAAAUCUGAAAAAGAAAAUGAUCCCAUGCGAACACCUGAAUCUUUGCCUGAAGAAAAGAAGAUUGAAUAUCGAUUGUUAAAGGAAGAGAUUGCCAAUCGGGAAAAACAGCGUUUGAUUAAACCAGAUCAGAUGAAGACAAGUUCAUCAUCUCCAGCAAACUCUGAUGUGGAAAUUGAUGGGAUUGGCAGAAUAGCAAUGGUUACUAAGCAGGUUUCAGAUGCAGAAGCAAAACUUAAAAAACAUAGGAUUCUCUUGAUGAAAGAUGAGUCUGUUUUAAAGCAUCUAGUACAGCAAGAAGCUAAGAAGAAAGAAUCUGUUCGAAAUGCUGAAACAAAGAUUGCCAAACUUACAGAACAGCUUCAAGCAACAGAGAAAAUUCUCAAUGCCAACAAAAUGUUUUUGAAGAAGCUUCAGGAACAAAUUCACAAAGUGCAACAACGUGUUACAGUUAAAAAAGCUUUGACUCUAAAGUAUGGAGAAGAGUUUGCUCGGGCAAAGGCAGUGGCUAGUAAAGAAAUAGGAAAACGAAAACUGGAACAAGAUCGCUUUGGACCAAACAAAAUGAUGAGACUGGACAGUUCUCCAGUAUCAAGUCCAAGAAAGCAUUCAGCAGAACUAAUUGCUAUGGAAAAAAGACGAUUACAAAAGCUAGAAUAUGAAUAUGCUCUGAAAAUUCAGAAACUAAAAGAAGCUCGGGCCCUUAAAGCAAAGGAACAACAAAAUAUCGCUCCAGUUGUGGAAGAGGAACCUGAAUUUUCUUUACCUCAACCCUCACUUCACGAUCUGACUCAAGAUAAAUUGAGUCUGGACACUGAAGAAAAUGAUGUUGAUGAUGAGAUUUUGUCUGGGUCAAACAGGGAACGAAGAAGAUCCUUCUUAGAAUCCAAUUCUUUUACUAAACCUAACCUUAAACACACUGAUACACCUAACAAAGAAUGUGUAAACAAAGCUAAGAACAUGGUAGAAAAACCAGAACUUUUUCUAGGGUUAAAAAUUGGUGAAUUGCAAAAAUUAUAUUCAAAAGCUGACAGCUUAAAACAACUGAUUUUAAAAACCACAACAGGCAUUACAGGAAAGGUUUUGUGUGGUCAGGAGAUUUCUGUGGAUGUAGAUUUUAUGACAGCACAGAAUAAAACAACAGAAGUGAAGCCAUGUCCUUUUAGUCCCUACCACAGCCCUCUUCUGGUUUUUAAGUCCUACAGAUUUAGUCCAUACUAUCGAACUAAGGAGAAACUUCCCCUAAGCUCAGUAUCAUACAGUAAUAUGAUUGAACCGGAUCAGUGUUUCUGCCGUUUUGAUUUAACAGGAACCUGUAAUGAUGAUGAUUGUCAGUGGCAGCAUACACAAGACUAUACGCUUAGCCGAAAACAGCUAUUCCAGGACAUUCUGUCAUAUAAUCUGUCUUUGAUUGGUUGUUCAGAGACAAGCACUGAUGAAGAAAUUGCUGCUGCAGCAGAAAAAUAUGUUGAGAAACUUUUUGGAGUAAACAAAGAUCGAAUGUCAAUGGACCAGAUGGCGGUUCUUCUUGUUAGCAAUAUCAAUGAAAGUAAAGGCCAUACACCUCCAUUUACAACCUACAAAGAUAAAAGAAAGUGGAAGCCAAAGUUUUGGAGAAAACCUAUUUCAGAGAAUAGUUUCAGUAGUGAUGAUGAACAGUCUACAGGACCAAUUAAGUAUGCCUUUCAGCCAGAGAACCGAAUAAAAGUUCCAGCUUUGGAUACAGUUGUGACUCCAGAUGAUGUCAGAUACUUUACAAAUGAGACUGAUGACAUUGCUAAUUUAGAAGCAAGUGUGCUUGAAAAUCCUUCUCAUGUACAACUUUGGCUCAAGCUUGCAUACAAGUACUUGAGUCAAAAUGAAGGGCUAUGUUCAGAGUCUUUGGAUUCUGCUUUAAAUGUUCUGGCUCGGGCUUUGGAAAACAACAAAGACAACCCAGAAAUUUGGUGCCAUUAUCUCAAAUUGUUUUCUAAAAGAGGAACCAAGGAGGAGGUGCAGGAAAUGUGUGAAACAGCUGUUGAAUAUGCUCCUGAUUAUCAAAGUUUUUGGACUUUUCUGCACCUAGAAAGCACCUUUGAAGAAAAGGAUUAUGUAUGUGAGAGAAUGGUGGAAUUUCUGAUGGGAGCAGCCAAACGGGAAGCAUCAGAUAUUCUGUCCUUUCAGCUUUUAGAGGCUCUUUUGUUUAGAGUUCAGCUGCACAUAUUUACUGGAAGAUCCCAAAGUGCACUUGCACUUUUACAGAAUGCAUUGAAAUCGGUUAAUGAUGGAAUAGUAUCUGAGUACCUUAAAACAAGUGAUCGAUGUUUGGCAUGGCUGGCCUACAUACAUCUUAUUGAAUUCAACAGUCUCCCUUCAAAAUUUUAUGAUCCAUCUAAUGCCAAUCCUUCAAGAAUUGUUAACACAGAACCAUUUAUAAUCUUGGAAACAGUUCAAGAUGUAAAGACUAAUCCUGAUAUGUUGUUAGCAGUGUUUGAAGAUGCAGUGAAAGCUUGCACAGAUGAGAGCCUUCCUGUUGAGGAAAGAACAGAGGUCUGUGUUCCACUUUACACAAACAUGAUUGCUCUGCACCAGCUUCUAGAGAGGUAUGAGGCUGCAGUAGAACUUUGUAAAUGUUUAUUGGAAUCUUGUCCCAUGAACUGCCAGUUGUUGGAAGCCCUUGUUGCUUUAUAUUUGCAAACAAGUCAGCACGACAAAGCCAGGGCAAUUUUAAUUAAACAUUGUAAGUCUAACGUGUAUUCCUCCUUCCUCUUUUAAAAAUAGAAUCGAGGGGAUAAUCUUCUUCCAUUUUUGCGGAAAUUUAUUGCAUCCUUCUUUAAACCUGGGUUUGAGAAGUAUAAUAACUUGGAUCUGUUUCGGUAUCUCUUAAAUAUCCCAGGACCACGUGACAUUCCAGCCCAUUUAUGUAAAGGGAAUUUUGAGGAUGAGAUGUUUAACCACCAAGUUCCUUAUUUGUGGCUGAUUUACUGCUUUUGUCAUCCUCUUCAAUCAAGCAUUAAAGAGACAGUGGAGGCAUAUGAGGCAGCAUUAGGGGUGGCCAUGAGAUCUGAUAUAGUGCAGAAGAUUUGGAUGGAUUAUCUUGUCUUUGCCAAUAAUAGAGCUGCUGGAUCCAGAAACAAAAUCCAAGAAUUCAGAUUGUUUACUGAUUUAGUGAAUAGAUGUUUGGUUACAGUCCCUGCCCGAUAUCCCAUUCCUUUUAGCAGUGCUGAUUACUGGUCCAACUAUGAAUUUCAUAAUAGGGUUAUUUACUUUUAUUUGAGCUGUGUUCCAAAGACCCAGCAUUCCAAAACCUUGGAACAGUUUUGCACAAUUAUGCCAACUAAUUCUGGGCUUGCACUGAGGCUACUUCAUCAUGAAUGGGAAGAAAGCAAUGUUCAGAUUCUGAAACUUCAAGCCAAGAUGUUUACAUAUAAUAUCCCAACAUGCCUGGCCACCUGGAAAAUAGCCAUUGCUGCUGAGAUUGUUUUAAAGGGACAAAGAGAGGUCCACCGUUUAUAUCAGAGAGCCUUACAGAAGUUACCUCUUUGUGCAUCACUGUGGAAAGAUCAACUCUUGUUUGAAGCUUCAGAAGGAGGUAAAACUGAUAACCUGAGAAAACUAGUUUCCAAGUGCCAAGAGAUUGGAGUCAGCCUAAAUGAGCUCUUAAAUUUAAACAGUUACAAAACAGAAAGCAAGAAUCACUGAACACUGGGUGCACAGUCAGUUCUAAGUCCUUAUAAUAAUUGCCAAAAUUAUUCGAAUGAUCCUUCAAGAUUAGGCUGAUCCCUGGCUAAGGUCUGUGUAAUGCAGACAAGCAUUACUGAUCAUAUCAAGUCCCCUACAAUAUCCUGCCCUCAAAAUCGGAAGCAAUGAACAUGAUCCUCUUCGGUUGGAUAAAUGAACUUCGUGUUGGUCUGCCUCUAGGCCCUGCCAGAUUCUCAUAACAUCAUGUACGUAAGUAUAGUUCUUCAAAGUGACUGACAUAUAUUUUAAUUUUGCUUUGUUUUUGUUUUUAUUUUUUACUUUCCCCUUUUAUGUUGUGCUAGUCCUGAUUCACUUGACACUCUGAUGCCUGAGAGAUUCUUGUUUGGGAUUUAAUUUCCAGGGCUGUGUUUACAGUAAAAAGCAGGCAGUCCCUUUUAGUUCUUCCUCUUUAAACCUUUUGAGAUUCUUCAUUUCAGGAUUUAAACUUAAGCAAUCCAUCUUAAGGAAAGUGUAACUGCCAUGGCCACAAGUCUGCUAGUUGCACUUGAAUGCUCUAACAGGGUUGUUUAUUGCCCUUUCUACGUUCUGGACUCCUUGCCGAGACUGUUUAACUUGAAGAUUAAAGAAACGAUUGCAAAUACCAGUGCAUCAGAACCUAAGAGUGGUCAAAUAUUAUGUGCAAUUUUUUUGUAAUGAAAUUUUAAUUUAUAAUAAAGUUUAACAGUUUAAAGAACA